AUGAGGAAUGAGAUCCAAAAUGCAUUGGUUGGUUUGCGAAGGAAUCCAAAUUUGGAAGAUGAAUAUGAAGAGGCAAGAGAAGAGAUUGACAUUGAAGAAGAAGGACUUGAAGAUGAGGGUGAAGAAAGAUUUCGUAGAGAAGUGGUGCAAGUAAGUGAAGUUCAUAAAGUUGAGGUUUCUAACUUUUUGGUUUCUCUAACUCUAGCAGUCAUAGCCGUGGUAGCUUGCGUUUAUUUACUGAAUGGAGAAAAGGGAAAGCUUCCGCCAGGGCCAAGAGGGUUGCCUAUUUUGGGUAGCCUGCUGGGCCUCGGUUCGAAUUAUCUCCACCACACUCUUUACGCUCUCUCCAAGCCCUAUGGCGGUCUCAUGUAUCUCAAAUUGGGCACCACCCCUGCCCUUAUAGCUUCCUCUAAGGAGGCCGCAACUGCCAUUCUCAAGACAUUUGAUUCUGAUUUCUCUAACAGACUGGCAAAUAUGGGAGCGACUGCAGAUAUUCUCUUGUACAAUAGAAACGACAUCACCAUGUCUUCCCAGUGGCCUAUGCUGCGAAAACUCUGUAUUUUCCACCUCUUGACCCCCAAAUGUCUGCAAAAGUGGCAGCAGUUCCGAGAAGAAGAGAUGACAAUAUUGCUCGCCUCCAUCUUUAAACAGCGAGGCAGUUCUUUAAAUGUGGGAGAUUUUGUUAAUGUCUUUACUUCGAACGUUAUUGGACAGAUGACGCUCAGGAUGAGAUUAUUCAACGACAAUAAUGUAGAGGCCGAACAUUUCAGACGGUUAAUGGAGGAUUUCUUAAUCGAGUGUAGCCGUUUUAGGAUUGGAGAUCACGUUAUUUUCUUAGAUUGGAUUGGGUCAGGUGGUUCUCUUGAUCAAGCCAAGACCUUGAAGAAGCGCGUUGAUGAGUUUCUUGUAAGGAAGAUGGAAGAACCGAAGCGUAUGCUUCUGUCUAGAGAGGACAAUGACGCCAAGGACUUUUUGCAAAUACUUUAUGAACUCAAAUCUACUUCUGCCGAAGAGGGCGCUCAACUUUCAGAGUCUAAUAUCAAAGGCAUUUUACUAAACAUGAUUUCGGCGGGAACGGACACGGCUACCCCAACGGUAGAGUGGGCGAUCUCCGAGCUGAUCCGCCAUCCUCAUCUCAUCAACAAAGUGAGAGAUGAAGUGGACGCAUGCGUGCAAAUGGAGGAGAGAGUAAGAGAAUCUCAUCUUCCUGAAUUGAAAUAUUUAGAAGCUGUUGUGACGGAAACUCUUAGACUGCAUCCUCCAACGCCGCUCAUGCUUCCUCACGCAUCUCCAAAAUGUUCAAGCAAAAUAAUGGGAGACCCAAAUGCGUGGGAGAAGCCAUUAGAAUUUGACCCGGAUCGCUUUGUGGGCAAUCCCGUUAAUCUCCAUGGAAGAGAUUUUCGAAUAAUACCGUUCGGUGCAGGGCGAAGAAUAUGCCCGGGCUAUAAUCUGGGCCUCCGUCUGAUUCAUUUUGCGCUUGCAAGCUUUAUUCAUGCAUUUGAUUGGUCGCUUCCACCUGGUGAAGAAGCCCAAGAUUUGGACAUGAGUGAGAAAUAUGAAGUCUCAAUGAAAGUUCCUCUCACUCUCUUCGCCACUCCUCGUCUGAUCCAGGGGAAGUAG